UGGUCUUUAAACGACUGCUGGCCCUCCUGGGGUUCACCUAAGUCAGCUCUGAGGGACCAGCCACCCCCAGCCACUCGGGGAAGACGGCGCAGGACUGCACAGAUGCGCAAGAACAGCGUGUUCUGAACCUCGGUGCAGAGCAGGAGAGCCCUGGGCUGAAGGCACGGUAUACUGUUUACACUGAAGGAGCCCGUGUGCGGACAGGGAAGCACUGACUGCUCACAUGGAUCCCAUGGAACUGAGAAGUGUCAGCGGCGCCCCUGAUGCUGCGCACACCAGAGGAGAAAGUGGGCAGGAUGGCUACAGCUGGACGGGAAAAGCAGCAAAGGCGGCAGUGAGCAGUCAGUUCGCCCGUGACGAUGCCGAGGGCCAGAAGUUCCUGACGAAUGGGUUUCUGGGGGAGAAGCAGCUGGCGGACUACGGUGAUGAACACCACCCGGGGACCACCCCCUUCGGAAUGUCCUCCUUCAACCUGAGCAAUGCCAUCAUGGGCAGCGGGAUCCUGGGCCUGUCCUACGCCAUGGCCAACACGGGGAUCGUGCUGUUCAUAAUCUUGCUGCUCACUGUGGCCAUAUUAUCCCUCUACUCGGUUCACCUGUUGUUGAAGACAGCCAAGGAGGGAGGGUCUUUAAUUUAUGAGAAGUUAGGAGAAAAAGCCUUUGGAUGGCCCGGGAAGAUCGGAGCUUUUGUUUCCAUCACGAUGCAGAACAUCGGAGCCAUGUCAAGCUACCUCUUCAUCAUCAAGUACGAGCUACCGGAAGUCAUUCGCACCUUCAUGGGCCUGGAAGAAAACAGCGGGGAGUGGUACCUGAACGGCAACUACCUCGUCAUCCUCGUGUCUGUGGCCAUCAUCCUCCCGCUGUCCCUCCUGAAAAACUUAGGCUACCUGGGCUACACGAGCGGGUUCUCCCUGACCUGCAUGGUGUUUUUCGUCAGUGUGGUGAUUUACAAGAAAUUCCAGAUUCCCUGUCCCCUGCCGGACCUGGGGCACAGCGUGGGGAACCUGACCGUCAACGACACAGCGCCCGUGCACGUGGUCGUCCUGCCCAAUGGCUCCGAGAGGACGGGCGUGAACUUCAUGAUGGACUUCACGCAGCGUGAGCCCACGGGGCUUGGCGAGAGCCAGGCCAGGGCCAGCGGCGUGGAAUACAAGGCCCAGAGCGAGCCCAGGUGCCAGCCCGAGUACUUCGUGUUCAACUCCCGGACGGCCUACGCGAUUCCCAUCCUCGCGUUUGCCUUCGUGUGCCACCCCGAGGUCCUGCCCAUCUACAGUGAACUCAAAGACCGGUCACGGAGGAGGAUGCAAACGGUGUCCAACGUCUCCAUCACGGGCAUGCUCCUCAUGUACCUGCUCGCCGCUCUCUUUGGCUACUUGACCUUCUACGGGGACGUUGAGGACGAACUGCUGCACGCCUACAGCAGAGUGUACACCUUCGACGUCCUGCUUCUCAUGGUGCGCCUGGCCGUGCUCGUGGCCGUGACCCUGACUGUGCCCAUCGUCCUGUUCCCGAUCCGGACGUCGGUGAGCACGCUGCUGUUUCCCAGAAGGCCUUUCAGCUGGGUGCGGCACGUCCUGAUCGCGGCCGUGAUCAUCGCCCUCAACAACGUGCUGGUCAUCCUUGUGCCCACCAUAAAGUACAUCUUCGGGUUCAUAGGGGCUUCUUCGGCCACAAUGCUGAUUUUCAUCCUUCCAGCAGCUUUCUAUCUGAGAAUUGUCAAGAAAGAGCCCCUGAGGUCACCGCAGAAGGUUGGGGCUGUCAUCUUCCUGGCGACCGGGGUCAUCUUCAUGAUUGGCAGCAUGGCCCUCAUCGUCAUCGACUGGGUGUACAACCCUCCCACCUCCAGGCAUCACUAG